AUGGCCUCUCGGGAGACUAUUAACGACUUGGGGUGCAGUUCCUCGGAGGAGGACGGUAACCGACUGGACUCGCCGGAGCCGGAGGGACCGCGCGAGGAGAAGAAAUCUCCGGUCGCGCGACGACAUCACCCGUUCAGCGUCGAGGCGCUCAUGUCCGGGACGAACACGGACACCCGGGACGGGGACUCCGUCCGCUGUAUAUCCAAGGGCGGCUCGGUGGUGGCGUCCGCCGCAGAUUUAAACUCUUUGUAUCUGUGCCGGGAGACGUGUAGCCCCCCCGUGGGCGGCCGCGGGAGUUUGACGAACACGCCGUCGUCUCCGGUUAAAUCCGAGGUGUCGGAGUCAGAGGAGUGCGCGCCGUGGGUUCCCCCCGGAGGGUUCCCCGCACAGCCGCAUCAUGUCAGUGCGGGCUGUCAGCUGAGGAAACACAAGACCAACCGGAAGCCCCGCACUCCCUUCACCACGUCCCAGCUCCUGGCCCUGGAGAGGAAGUUCAGGCAGAAGCAGUACCUGUCCAUCGCCGAGCGGGCCGAGUUCUCCUCCUCCCUGACCCUGACAGAGACCCAGGUCAAGAUCUGGUUCCAGAAUCGGCGGGCCAAGGCCAAGAGGCUCCAGGAGGCCGAGCUGGAGAAACUCAAGAUGGCGGCCGACGCCAAGACGGCGGCGGCGGCGGCCUCGGCCGCGGGAGGUUUACACCCGGGCUUCACGUUGCCGCUGUCGCUGGGCGCCAUGUCGCUGUACGGACAGGCGUACUCUGCCUACCACCACCACCACAGACCCAUUCUGCCCAUUUCACCUCUGGGACUGUACGCGGCGCCUCUGGGCUACAGCAUGUACCACUUAUCAUAA